GAGUCUUGGGACUCGCCCCGCCAAGUACAGAAAUACCCAUUUCCUUAAAACAUGAGACUCAUGUACUGACUGCAACAUCUCUGCAGUGAGCUGCAAAGCACAAAACUCAACCUGAGAUUCAGUUUAAUGAGUCAAACUUUGUAAAACUCAGCACACAUUGUGGAAAAUUACACAUUGAUGCAAAAAUAAAAAACCCUUUCAGAGACACUUCAGCAUUACUCCAUGUAUGAUAAAAUAUCAUAAUGUACAGUACAAUGUACAGUAUCACUAUAUGUCUGUUCCAUCUAUCAUAAUGCAGAAAAGGUAGGGUAAAAGGUUGAAAUGGACGUCCCAGAAGUGCAGGAGGAUGCACAGUGAAUAUGGGAGGUUGAGAAAGAGGGAGGAGAAGCUGAAAAUAAAGGGGUGGACAGCAGUGAGCAGACUUUUUAGGGCUCAGUAAAAAAAAACAGUCAGUAUAACUCAACAGGGAGGGCGGAUGCUCGGAAAGUCUCUUUCACUCUUACUUUCCUCUUGUUACUUUGUCUCCCCUUUAUUUCCCUCUCUGUCUUCCGCGCUGAAAGUAGUGCCGUUCAGAAGAGAAACCCGGGAUCACACUUUCUGAAGAGAUGACGUCCCGCUUGGUUUUUCUUGUCACCUGUGUGGCCCUGCUGUCACUGUGUCACGCCACUCCUCUCUUCUACAACACAUCCUUGGACGGCAGCGGAGAUGAAGCGGAGCUGGAGCUCCUUUUUCCAACAUCGUUCUCCACUCGAGCACCUGUUCACAUCUCCACUGCCACCGGACCUCCCUCCCUCACCAACACCAUCACCACCACCAUGAUCCGCCUGAAGGACUUCGUCUUUACCCGCGUCGUGGACUUCCUGCAGGAGAAUCUGCUCAUCAUCAUCGUCGUAACAUCUCUUCUCAUCGUCAUGGUGUUCAUCAUCUGCUGCGCCUCUGCCAUGAGUCACAAGCGCAAGCUGGAGGCCUACAAACCUCUUCCUCACUCACAGAAGAAGCACGUGGCUGAUAAAACAGGCGGACGCAAGAACUCAAGCGAGGCCCAGGAGAGGCCCUACGCCGUCGACCACGUCAAGAGGGUCCAGACUCAGAGCAUGGCCUCCCCCAAGCACCUGCGCGUGCCCUCCAAGGCUCUGGUGGGAGAGAAGGGGAGGGACGUCAGGUCGUCGCCUCGCCAGGAGGUCAGAAGGGUCAGGGAGGCAGAGGAGGUGGAAAGGCGGAGAGAGGAGCCCAAGCACAAAGAGCAGCCGAAGUUCAGGGAGGAGGUGCAGCAGAGCUCCAGCCCCAGCACCAGCUCCGCUCACCCAGUCUGCACCUGCCACCUGAAGAAGGGCCACCACUAGGGCACCAGGCCUGAUGUUGGCAUGAGAGGUGAAAUGUUGCAACUAUGACAAAGAAACAAGAUCGUACAGGUUGGUUAUACAGCACACAGGUUGAAGAAAAUUAAGAAAUGCAUUGAAAAAAAUAUUGGUUGUCACUGUGCUUAUUAAGCCAAACUAGAGGGCGCUGUUCCAUCAUGUUGAUAUUAAGCAUUUGGCAUCUAUCGGGCCGUUUUGUGGAAGAUCCAAAAAGUCGUGAGGUUAGAAGGAGAUGGUCGUCUCUGUGCUCUUGGGGUUGGUUGUCACACAUAUCACACUUGGGACAAUGAUUUAAUUGUUAUGAAACUGCGGCUUUAACCCUUUAUCAGGCGAAGAACUGUAUUUGGUAACUUCAGUGGAUAUCAAAAUGGGGUCGAGAAAAAAGUUGC